CAUCCUCGGCAGAGAGCCGGAGCUGCAGAUCGGAAGAGCAGAGCGUUGGGCUCAGUCCGGCUCCCACGCCGAAGAGUUCCUGGGGUGACACUAUCUUUUCCUUCCAUUACCUCGGGAAUACCACGGGAUUUACCCCCCAUCUUCUCAUCCCACGGAUUUGGUGGUUUUCCCGCCCCUGGCCUCGCCUCCUGCCCGCCCUCGGAUCAGCGCUCGGGUGAAAAGGGCACCAUCAGACGGGUGAUCGCUGGCCCUGGUGCUAUACUACGAUACCUUCAUCCUGACCUGCCCACUCGCCUGCCCUCGACCCCUCACCUCCCUGUAACCAUGACGACCAAAACAACCAAUGUCCUGGAUGGGAACAAGGUCUCCUCCCCUCUCCUGUUGUCCACAUCAUCCCCGUCCUACCUGUCUUGCCAGCGCCUAGUGACCAAGGACGGUCACUGCGCCCUGCGGUCCUCCCCUCCCUCCCCUGGCCUGUGGCCCUCCUGGGCAUCUGCCUCUGCCUGGCUGCUAGCCCUACAGGACCUGUGGGGGGCAGUGGUGUGCCUGCGCUGGCGCUGGGUCCUAUUGGCCUUCUGCACCUCCUUUGUGGCCCACUGGCUGCUGUUCGCCUGCCUGUGGUACCUACUGGCCCACCUCAAUGGAGACCUGGCGGUGGAGGACCACGACGCUCCUCCAGAGGGACACGUAGUGUGUGUCAAAUACAUCACCAGCUUUACCGCAGCCUUCUCCUUCUCCCUGGAGACCCAGCUGACCAUAGGGUACGGCACCAUGUUCCCCAGUGGGGACUGUCCCAGUGCUAUAGCCCUGCUGGCAGUUCAGAUGCUGCUGGGGCUCAUGCUGGAAGCUUUCAUCACAGGUGCGUUUGUGGCUAAGAUCGCCCGUCCCCAGAAGCGUGCGGGGGCCAUUCAGUUCAGCCCCCAGGCGGUGGUAGGUCAGCACCAGGGCCAGCCCUGCCUCAUGUUCCGGGCCACCAACCUUCUGCGUCGCCCCCUGGUGGACGUGGAGGUCAGUGCCGUGCUGUACGAACAGAGAGACGACCAAGUCCUGCACCAGACCAACCUGGACUUCCAGCUGGACCGGUUGGGCCCCCGCCCCUGCCCAUUCUUCAUCUUCCCCCUCACCUUCUACCACGUCCUGGACCGCCACAGCGCCCUUUACCCGGCCCUGCGUGAGGGUAGCGCCAGCCAUUUUGAGCUAGUGGUGUUUCUCUCCGCCUCCCAGGAGGGCACGGGCGACGCCUGCCAGAAGAGGACGUCCUACCUACGCCAGGAGAUCCAGUUUGAGCGGCGCUUUGUACCCGCUGUGGGGUUGGACAAGCAAGGCAGGUACCAGGUGAGCAGUCAGCACUUUGGCAUUGCCCACUGCAAUGAGCCUCUGGACAAGGAGUGUGUGGUGCAAAUCAACGGGGAUGGGAGUGACAGGAUGGAGUAAG